GCUCUCGGCGGCAAUCAAAACUUUUAGCGUUGUCCGGCCCCAGUCCAGCGAUUCGGACUAAAAUUUCUAUACUUUUACUUUGACGUUGGCCGCUAGCGAGAAACGUGUUCUUUUGGGUUUUCGGUUCGGUUCGGUUUGCUUCGAUUCGGUUCUUUUUAUUGCUUUUAUUCGCUGAGGGGGCGAGUUGUUUCAUUUUGAUUAUUUUUGAAUCCGUGUGAAAGUGCAGCCUGACUUGGCGAACUUAAACUGCCGCUAAUAGUUGCAAUUAAGCUAAACUAAUAAUUGGCCGGAAUGAGCGACUUUGGGAAAUUUGCCAAAACACAUGGCCCAAAGCUGGUGCCUUUUCUGGUGACCCUUGUUUUUUACUUCUCGCUGGUGCGGAAGGAUCCCCAAGGAGAGCUAUGGACCACAGUGCUCAAAUGCUUGCCCAUCUUGGCCUUGGUGUUCUAUAUUGUGGCCAAAGGAUUGUCGCUCAAAAAAGGAUACCGUCGCUCGCUUUGGAUACUGCUCGGUUUGAUCUUUUCCUGCGGCGGUGAUGCUCUACUUAAUAUCAACCUGUUUCCCUUUGGCAUGGUAUCCUUUGGGGUGGCCCAUGUCUUCUAUAUUAGCGCCUUUGGCUGGAAACCACUAAAGUGGCUAAUUGGAUUGGUUCUCUAUGUGGCCGUUUCACUUUGUAAGCAUUUUUUAAUGAAAAAGAGAUUUUUUACUUUAAAAUAUUUCCCAAUUGCAGUUGUAUAUUUUGUGCAUAAAAAACUGGACGAGAUCCUGAUAAUUGGAGUCCCUAUUUAUUGUUUCAUUAUUACCACCAUGUUGUGGCGAUCCCUGGCCAGAGCUGUGGAUGUUAAGAGCUUCUUGGCCAUUUUUUGUGCCGUUGGAGCCAUUCUUUUUGUAAUCUCCGAUGCUCUGAUCGCAGUCACUAUGUUUGUGGGCGUGCCCCUGCCUUGUGCGCGCCUCCAGAUCAUGAUCACCUACUAUGCCGCCCAGUUCGCCAUUGCGCUAAGCACGGCGGACGAAGGAUCCUCAAAGGAUCAGUCUCGUUCCUUUCGCAAGAAAAUCAAGUGAAGCCAAUAAUUCCCAAUGCUCAACAGUAGAAAUCGCAUAAAUUACAUGAACGCAACCACCAAAGUUAGUACUUCCAUAGUAUCUAGUUUAAUGCCAGUUAUGUGUGUUUUUUCCGCAUCCAAGUAGACUAGUGUAAUCCAAGAUUUCUCGUGUUUAUGUUGAUGGAUGCGGAGAAGGAUUUUCUUAGAGUUUAGUAGAUGUUUGUUGAAUUAAAAUAAACAGAACAAUUAUAUCAAA